AUGCAAGCCCAUCCUCAGUAUGUACGUCUCAGCGCGUACCAUGGUCCCAAGCGGCAAUUGCUAGGCAACCAGGCAGGCAGCGCGCCACCUGCGUGGCGCAUAAACCAGCCCGCCACUGCCAAAAGACCGAUCGGGUCUAUGAACGCGGUGGAGAAAGGGAGCAAGAUCUUGCUGAGCAGAUUACCUUUGGACGUGGGAGAAAGUGAGGUAGAGCUGCUCUUCACCAAGACGGUGGGACCAGUCAAGGACGUAUUUCUCGUGUACAACUCCCAGGCGAAAUCGAAAGGAAUGGCAGUUGUGACAUUCCAAAGGCCAGGCGAUGCUGCUGUAGCUAGGCAGAAGUACAAUGGGAAGAUCGUCGACGGCAAAAGGCCAAUCAAGAUUGAGGUCGUAAUAGACGAAGACCAGCGACCUCAAGCUGCGCCUGCCAAACCGCAGGCUCCUUCUCUGUUACAGAGGUUGGGGGCAGUAGUGCCUCCACUGGCAAGGCCAGCGGCCGCGCCAAUUUUGCGUUCACCAAUCCAAAAACGUGGGCCACAGCAAGCCGCCACUCCCGCUGCAGCAGCUCCUCGCCGCCCCAACGCGAAGGAGAAGCUGCGUAUCAAGAAAGGUCCGAAGCGGGUCAAGAAAUCCGUUGCACAGUUAGACCAGGAGAUGGACGAGUAUCGAGCGGGAGGGGAAGUAUGA